UCCCAGCAGGUGAAGCUGGGGUAUAUAAACCAAAAACCCAGGUUAAUGAAUCAUAUGCAUGUCAUAGAGCAGUAGAGCUUUAUCUCUCUUGUGCCUAUCAGUACUGACGUAGUGUCUGCUUGUCUUUUUUCCUUUUUUUCUUUUUUAAAUAUCACCGAUUUUGGUAAGGUAAUGGGCAGCUUGAAAAUUAGAGAUUAUGACAGCAUCACAUCUUUUCUUGGAACUUGGGGACCCUUUCAGCGAAGGAUUUUUUUAGCACUGGCCAUCAGCAUCCUCCCAAAUGGGUUUUUUGCCGGCUAUAUAGUAUUUGGAGGUGUUACACCUCCUCACGAGUGCUACAUCCCUGAAAACUACAGCAUCAGUGAGAUGUGGAGAAAUGUGACGGUCCCAGUAGAGACGGUCGAUGGCAUUGCAAAGCGCAGCUCUUGCUCAAGGCUUAACCUGGAAAUUGUCAGAAGCUACUCUCAAAAUAACAUCAUCCCAAAUGUGGAUGUGAAUGUGAGUGACAUUCCUUUGGAGAGCUGUCUGGACGGGUGGACAUACAGCAAAGAAAUCUACCAGUCAACCAUCGUCACUGAGUGGGACUUGGUAUGUGAGAAUGGAUACAAAUCUCCGCUGGCCACUUCCAUCCAAUACAUUGGUGUGCUAGUGGGAGCGAUUCUCUCAGGCCAGAUGUCUGACAGGUUUGGAAGGAGACCAGCACUCUUUCUCAUGAUGAUUCUUCAGACUGUGGCGAUCACGGCACAGAUAUUUUCGCCGAGCUGGGAGAUCUUCACCUUCAUUUUCUUUUUCGUGGGUGCAGGGGGAUACUCCAACUAUAUCAUUGCAUUUGUGCUGGGUACAGAAAUUCUGAGCCCAAAAUCCAGAGUGGCCUUCUGCUCCCUUGGGGUUUUUAUGGCCUCAGCUUUGGGUUACAUGGCAUUGCCAGCUGCGGCUUACUUCCUCCGUGAUUGGCGAAUGCUGCUGAUUCCCAUGGCGGCCUCUAGCCUGAUCUAUAUCCCUCUAUGGUGGUUAGUCCCAGAGUCUCCUCGCUGGCUGCUCUAUCAGGGGAGAGUGGAGGAGGCUGAGGCCAUCCUGAGAGAUGCUGCCAAGAGUAAUAAUAUAGAGGCUCCACAGGACAUUUUUACACAAGCUGAGAUCGACGAUGCACUGGCUAUGAAAGACAAGAAAUACAACAUUUUGGUUAUCACGAGCAGCUGCAACAUGUUCUCUGUGACAUUACUGUGUUCAUUUCUGUGGACCAUCAUCACAAUGGGCUACUAUGCUUUAGUACUCAACACUUCAAACCUGCACGGCGACCCGUACAUAAACUGCUUCUUGUCUGCCGUGGUGGAAGUGCCGGCUUACAUAAUUGCCUUGUUACUUCUCCAGUUCUGCUCCAGGCACUUCUGCCAAUCUUCUACACUCUUCCUUGGAGGCGUUAUGAUCCUCUGUGUUCACCUCAUCCCAGUAGAUUUACAGAUUGUGCCUGUGAUUCUUGAGAUAUUGGGGAAAUUCGGCAUGACAUCUGCAUUUUGUGUGGUGUACACUGUCACAUCAGAGCUCUUCCCCACUGUUAUCAGAAAUACAGCAAUGGGGUGUUGCUCCAUGGCUGCUCGCAUUGGAACCAUCAUGUCCCCCUUUGUCAUUUAUCUGGGACAAUACUACAAGGCACUCCCAUACAUGUUGAUGGGAGGUUUCGCUCUUUGUGGUGCCUUCUUAUGUUUGCUGCUGCCAGAAACUUAUAGGAGGACUUUACCAGAGACCAUAUCACAAAUGCAGCUGAUAUGCGGGAGAAGAAGAAAAAAAGAAAAGGAAGCUGAAAAUGGAGAGAGCGCGGCUGAUUAUCAGAGUAAAUCAACCAAGUUAUAGUGUCAAGUUAUGAAUGCAUUUGUAUUUUAGUUUUUUUCUCUAAAGCAUUUUACUCACCUAUUUGCUUAUGAAGAUAUUUUGUUUUAUGUGAAAUUAUGUUUUAUGUAUUUUUGUUUUGAAAUGUCCUAUAUUAUAACUUGCAUAUUUCGAAGUACGUUGUCAACCUGUUUUUAAAAAAUGAUCCAUAAAAACAA